AAUUUGAAAAAAUCUAAAUAAUCUUCUGUUAAUUUUUACAUUUAUUGAUGAAAUUUUGCUAUAUUUAGUGUUUCAUAUAACUUAACGCCAUUAAUUUCUUUCAUACAUUUUUUAUUGAAUUUAUUCCAUUCCUAGUAUUUGGCGGAAUCUUAACCGGCCUUGAAAUUAAAGUCCUUUUUGUAUUUCAAACAUAUAAAAUGCCAGAAAUGACUGAAGUCGAGAAAGCUGCAGCUGUAGAGCCUAAAAUUGAACAGAGUUCAAGCUCUACAGAUAGUGAUUCCGAUGAAGACGAUAUCCCAGAAUUGAACGAGGCCGCAGCAGCCCAGGCAGCUACUGCAGCUGCUGCACCUACCGGAGACAAUGCUUCUGCAGCUUCCUUCCCUGGCAGCGCCGCUGCAGGUUUACCAAUUGAUAUGGUAUCCAAAGCUAAACAGUCUAGGGGUGAAAAGAAAGCCAGGAAGAUUAUGUCUAAAUUGGGCUUGAAACCAGUGCAAGGAGUUAGUAGAGUCACGAUAAGGAAAUCAAAAAAUAUUUUGUUUGUUAUUAACAAACCUGAUGUAUACAAAAACCCUGUUAGUGAUACAUAUAUUGUGUUUGGUGAGGCUAAGAUUGAAGAUUUGUCUCAACAACAACAAAUUGCUGCUGCUGAGAAGUUCAAGGAAGUAAAUCCUGCUGGGGAAGAAGCCACAGGCAAUCCAACCACUUCUGUGGCACCAAUUGCUGAAGAAUCAGAAGAUGAAGAAGUAGAUGAAACGGGAGUUGAAGACAAAGAUGUAGAAUUAGUCAUGUCGCAAGCAAGUGUUAGUAGAGCACGGGCUAUAAAGGCACUGAAAAAUAACCAGAAUGACAUAGUGAAUGCAAUAAUGGAGUUGACCAUGUAGUGCUUUCAAAGAAUCAAGAAAUAAUGCGAUCAUCUCAUUCAUCACGUAAUUUCAUAGAACCACCCUUAAUAAGGAGUGUACAUAAAAGUUUUAGUCAUUAAAUGUUCUCCCAAGCCUCAA